AUGACUGAGAGUGUCAUACUUGAUGUUGCUUAUGAGGGUGAUGAUCUGUUCGUUGGGCGUGUUUUCAAGAACAAGCACGACUGCAAGGUGAAGAUAGUUGUGCAUGCAAUAAAUCGCCGAUUCAGCUACAAGAACGAAAGGUCAAACUACGAUUUGGUAGUUGUUCGAUGUGUCCCGGAUGCUUGUCCAUGGAGGGCUUACGUGGCACGAAUGGAGGAUAGUGAAUACUUUCAAGUAAGAACCGCAACUUUGGUCCAUUCUUGCCCAGUUGAUGUCAGGAGUCAGUUCCACCAUCAGGCAACCACGUCCGUCAUCUCCGAGAUUAUGCGUAGUAGGUACGCAGGAUCCGGACGCGGUCCAAAUCCGAUAGGGGUUAUUCGUGCGAUGUUGCAGGAACACAGUGUCAACAUGUCAUACUGGAAGGCGUGGAGGGCUAGAGAGUUGGCAAUAGAGAGUGUGAAAGGAUCCGACGCUGACAGCUACAGUUUGCCCGCAUAUUUACACCUUCUUAAGGCAGCUAAUUCGGGAACAGUUGCAAGUAUUUAG